AUGCCUUGGAGGCAUUCUGUUAGAGGCAAUAAAGUCUGGCUCUUCUGGUCGCAUCCCUUUCUCUUGCCCAACACCGAACAGACCAACAAAGUGUGUCCCUGUUGCCGGGUGCCACGGGGUGGAGAGCGCUCGAGGGUGGCCGGUCGUCAAGGUGCAGACCUGCCGUCGACUCGCCAGUUCGGAUCGGAGAGGCGAAGAGCAGCUCCGAAAAUGACCGAAAGUCGAUUAGCGGCUGCUAGUAAAAAUAAGUCCGGCCACGUCCAUAAACUGAACCACUCAAUGGUCUGCUUGUGCCUGCUCGGCACAACUGCACAAACUGUCCCCCCCCCACCCCCGGCAUGCCCAAAAUGGGCACUUGGGCAAGAAAGUCGAUCUGCUUGUUGCCUGCGGUUGCAAGCGCACAAGCCUUGCUCACAUGCACAGUGCAUGUGA